UGGCAAGUAGUUCAGUUACUUCAAUUAAGUUACAGCAGUGCCUUUAAACUUAAAACAAAACAAAAAGUUUUGUUUCAAUUAUUACUGACAUUGGCCAGUGAGAGUAGCGCAAAAUAUUUGGUUUUAUCCGAAAACUUCUAAACUUUCUCCAUAUGCUGGAAAGCGAUACAAAAUAUGGAGGAACACAAAAUAAGUGAGCUUGAGCGAAGCAGUCAAAGACGUAUAAAAAAUCGACAAGCCACUGAAUUCAAUAACGAUGCAAAUAACCCCUGUUCAAAAGAACACAAGAUGGCGAAUGAAUGUUCAACAAACAACUUCCAAGAUAGAGAGAAAUGCAAAGCCUAUUUUGCAAAUUAUCGAGCUUGCAUGGAAUUCUGGACCAACAUUAAAGCUGAAAGAAGAAGAGAACGAAUCCGUCCAUUAUUGCCUCCACCUGAAGAAAGGGAGCAAAUUCUUCAACAUGCACGAAGCAAAGCCAAGCUUUCAUAGCCCUGUUCUUAAGUUUCUGACACUUGGCCAUUGUUCUAGUUGUAUGUAAAGUUUGUUAAAUAGUGCAGUAAGAUGACUAAUCUGUACAUUUAU